AUGGUUUCGCGCCAAAUUUUGGGGGUGCUUGCUCUGGUCCUCCUUUGCCUGUUUCAAUCAUGCGGAGCACUGCCUCUUGAAUCCGCACUUUCACCGCAUGCUUCUGGCCCCGAAGCUAAAUUGGAACCCCGUCGGCUUGGUUUGGGAAAGCUUGGCCAGCUUGUGAGCAAUAUCGUUGAUAGAUCGAAAAGCUCUGGCGGGAGUGUGGGGGGAGGUCACAAAAAGCCAGACCACCAUGGUGAUGACAAGAAGGAAGAGAAAAAAGAGGACCCACCAAAGGAAGAGAAGAAGGAAGAGAAGAAGGAGGAUAAGAAAGAGGAAAAGAAGGAAGAUAAAAAAGAGGGUCCGCCAAAGGAAGCAGCAAAGGAUGAGAAGAAGGAAGAGAAAAAGGAGGAUCCUCCAAAGGAUGAGAAGAAGGAGGAGAAAAAGGGGGAUCCACCAAAGGAAGCGACAAAGGAUGGCAAGAAUGAAGACAAGCCUGGAUCUGGAGGUUCACCCCAGCAGCAAGAACAGCCAAAGCCGUCAGGCCAACCAACGCAAGGUCAACAGCCAGCACAAGGGCAACAGCCUAGACAGCAACCAGUAGAGCCAGCACAGGGACAAGCGGUGGCACAGGGACAAGCGGCAGCACAAGGACAACAGUCAGCGCAGGGACAACAGUCAGCGCAAGGACAACCGCCAACACAGGGACAACCGCCAACGCAGGGACAACCGCCAACACAGGGACAACCGCCAGCACAACAACCAGCAGAGCCUGCACAGGGACAAGCGGCAGCACAAGGACAAGCGGCAGCACAAGGACAAGCGGCACCACAGGGACAGCAACUAGCGCAGGGACAACAGUCAGCGCAGGGACAACCACAAGUACAAGGACAACAACUAGCGCAGGGACAACCGCAAGCACUAGGACAACAGCCUGGGCAAGACUUCGCACAGCCGCAAUCACCAACGCAAUCGUUUUUUGGACAACAAUCAGCGGCACAGUCAGCACAACAAGUCCAUGUAGAUAAUACCCCUACUCGGGGAGACAUAUAUGGCUCGGCUGCUAUGGGAGCUGCCAUUGGAACUAUUCCUGGCGCUGUCAGCGCCUCAGUACUUAAAGACCAGAAUGAACAAAAUAGGGAGCAAACUGCCCGUGAAGGAGAAAUGAACAGGGCACAAAAUCUCGAGCUGGCCAACAUGAAGAACGAUGCUAGCAAACCUGAUGGCGCCGCUCACCCUUCUCCCUCUGGCAACCCUACUCCCUCUGGCAACCCUACUCCCUCUGGCAACCCUGCUCCUUCUGGCAAUCCUGUCAACCCUGGAAGUAGUGGCUAUGGCGACGCUGGAAAUCCUGGCAGUACUGGUUAUGGUAACGCUGGUAAUGCUGGCAGUACUGGCUAUGGAAAUGCUGGCAACCCUGGCAGUGCUGGCUAUGGUAACGCUGGUAACGCUGGUAACGCUGGUAACGCUGGUAACGCUGGUAACGCUGGAAGUACUGGCUAUGGAAAUGCUGGCAACCCUGGCAGUGCUGGUUAUGGCAAUGUUGGUAAUCCUGGAAGUGCUGGAUAUGGAGAUACCAGUGCAGCAGCAGGCACUACUGGUGCUGCUGGUACCGUUAGCAAUGCCGGCUCUCCCGGGAAUACUGCCAAUGCUGGCGCUUCUGGCAAUGUUGGAAGCACUGGGUAUGGAUAUGCUAGUGCAGGCGGCACUUUUGGUGCUGCUGGUACCGUUAGUAAUGCCGGUUCUGCCGGAAAUACUGCUAAUGCUGGCGCUGCCGGCAAUGCUGCUUAUUCUUCCAGUGUUGCUCAGAAGCGAGGACUUCCGGAACUGGAUCAGGCAGCUCCUCGAGAAACCCAAGAGAUCGAUGAUUCUUGUAAUAAGGACAUUAAUAAUCGUCCCUAUUCGGCCCAGCACUAA